UCAUCCAGGUCAGCAUUAUGACUGAUGGGGACUAUGACUAUUUGAUCAAACUCCUGGCCCUCGGGGAUUCUGGGGUUGGAAAGACCACUUUGCUGUAUAGAUACACAGACAACAAGUUCAACCCAAAGUUCAUCACAACAGUAGGCAUCGACUUUCGAGAAAAGCGUGUGGUGUACAACAGCCAGGGGUCAAGUGGUUCUUCUGGAAAAGCCUUUAAGGUCCAUCUGCAGCUAUGGGACACAGCUGGGCAAGAGAGAUUCAGAAGUCUCACCACAGCAUUUUUCAGAGAUGCCAUGGGCUUCUUGCUAAUGUUUGAUCUCACCAGUCAACAGAGCUUCUUAAAUGUCAGAAACUGGAUGAGUCAGUUGCAAGCAAAUGCUUAUUGCGAGAACCCUGACAUAGUAUUAAUUGGAAAUAAAGCUGACCUAUCAGAUCAGAGGGAGGUCAAUGAAAGACAAGCAAAAGAACUUGCAGACAAAUACGGCAUCCCAUACUUUGAAACAAGUGCAGCGACUGGCCAAAAUGUGGACAAAGCUGUGGAGACACUCUUGGACUUAAUAAUGAAACGAAUGGAACAGUGUGUUGACAAGUCUCAGCUCUCUGACACAGCCAAUGGUGGAAAUUCAGGAAAAUUGGUGUCGUCCAAAUCUGAAGAGAAGAAAUGUGCUUGUUGACUUGGCCAUUCAGGUUGAAGGAAAAAAGGAAUGAGAAGUCAGAAAGUAACAGAAUGACCAAAUGCUAAAUUCAACCUGGAACUCCACGGACCAAAUGAGACUGCUGUUGUUGUCUUAAGCAAGCCUGAUUUUGUUUUUCAAUGCUGAGAAAUCAUGCUUCUGCAUUCAAACAGGUGUUAACUAUCUUCAUAGAAAAUCCAGAGACUCUUUUCUUCUUCAUACAAUAGGCGAGUAAAUAGAGAAAAUAUCUGCUUUGGGGAGAGGAUAAUUGAAAUGUUAGGAGACACCUUUACAAUAAAACAAAGGGUUGUCUUUGUUGGCCUGGGCCAUCAUUUUUCAUCUCUUUGCCUUCUA